ACCGUGUGGUUCGCCAUGGCCGACGACUGCGUAAGGCAGGGUUUUGAGCUGGAGAGACGAAUAUCCGAGCUGGAUAGCAAGUGCGCUAGUCUCCGUGUACAAAAACAAGAUGAUGACUAUUUACAGAAUGCAUCUGCCAUACUAGACAAGUUGAAAAACUAUUACAGACAAGGGGGAGAGGGUAGCAGUCUCCCCAAACUUCUACAGGAUUACACUCAGGUAAUCCUGGACAUCACAUUUUAUGAGGAGAACCAGCUGGUGGACCAGGAGUUUCCUGAGGAUGCAUCUCCGUAUAAAAUACAGCAGCUGCUACAGGAUCUGACAGAACCGGAGAUGUUGGCUGGAAGACUGGCUCCAACCCAGGAGGUGACCUCAGUACUCGGACUGGAGCUUCUGGAAUGCUUAUAUUGGCGACGGGGUGCGCUUUUGUACAUGUACUGUCAUACCCUCCAUCAAAGGAAGCAGUGGAUCAAGAAGAACAAAGCCACCUUCCUCAAGUGUCUUCAGGAAGGCGUACGUUACCUGCUAAGAAUGCUCCAAGUGAGGAACUCGGUGAAGCUCAGUGACAUUGCUGUAUGUCAUGACUCUGCGACAGCAGAUCUCCUGUCAGAGGGCAUAUUUUCAGACACCCACCUCCUUACCUUGAUGUACAUUGGGGAGAUGUGCUUUUGGGCAGUGAAGUAUGAAGACUUCAGCCUGGAGACAGCAGGGUGGAAGGAGGAGCGAAUUCCGUUCCGGGAUAUCGGCACACAGAUCCUUCACAAAUACGUGCAGCUGUGUGAGGGCCCACUCCAAGGCCAAGGCUGGAACACAGAGAAUGCCAAGGAGAUUCUGAGUAUACUACAGUAAAUAGUUAAAGUUGUAAAAUUAAGUUAAAAAUGAAUGGAAGGAAUGGGAAUAUAUGUCCUCCUCUAAAUGCACUUAUCUUCCAGACUGUUGGCCAAGCAUGUGUUUUCCUUUCAGAAUUGUUAAAGUAAUGUGUUAUUUAAAAAAGAUAAUUAAAAUCCAGCUGGGAACAAAAGAUAACGUAACAGCUGCUCCUAUUUAUUGUUUUUUUUUGUUUGGUUUUUUUAUUUUAUGAAACAUAGUUAAUUGUGUUAACUAAUUUGUGUUCACAACUUCAGUAUUCAUGGCCAUUUUAUGUAUGUACAGAUCUGUUUGAAAUGUCUAUUGUAAUGCCACCACUGUUCUGACCUGUUGGAAACCCUUUUCCAUGCUUUGAUGGAAGGCGAUGGUCAGAUCUGAGAUCUUUGAUAUUUUUGUAGUACAUUUAAAUGGAAAACCAUAGUUUUGGUAUUCUUUUAAAUAUGUAUUAAUUUCUUUUUAU